AUGAUGAACUCAAUAUCCACUUUGUCACUUGGAAUUUACUUCCUUUCGAUACUUGCUACUUCAAAUGCCCAAUAUUCCCUCGCUGCCACAUAUAACGCAGCUAACUUCUUCAAUGAUUUCACAUUCUUUACCGCAGCUGAUCCAACAGCGGGAUAUGUAGUAUAUGAGCCACUCGCUGCUGCUGAAGAAGCUGGUCUAGUAUUCACAGCAAACAAUCAGGUAUACUUGGGAGUGGAUCAUACGACACUUAAUCCAAGUGGAGGACGAGAAAGUGUGCGAUUAGCCAGCAAUCAAGCAUGGGGUGAAGGCGUCUUCAUAGCAGAUAUCGAGCACAUGCCCGGUGGCGUUUGUGGUAUUUGCCUGCAUUCUGGAUGUUUGGUCCAAAUUGGCCAAAUAAUCGAUAUCAUCGAGGGAGUCAACCUUGACACAACUAAUACGAUAACACUUCACACCGCCGCUGGCUGUACCGUCAGCAACGCAAAUUCACAGAGUGGAACAACCACUAUAACUUCAAACUGUAAUCAAGACAUUGCGGGUACAGGAUUCGGUGUUGCUACAUCCAACAUCCAGAAUUAUGGCACCGGCUUCAAUGCAAUUGGUGGUGGCGUGUACGCGAUGCAAUGGGCUUCCACUGGCAUUUACGUCUGGUUCUGGCCUCGAGGUUCCAUCCCAGCUGACAUCACUGCUAAAGAUAUUGAUGUUAGCUCUUGGGGAACCCCCUUGGCAACCUUCAGUGGUAGUGGUUGUAAUUUCGACAAGUCUUUUGCAAGUCAGAAUAUUGUCUUUGAUACCACUUUCUGUGGGACGUGGGCAGGAUCUGUUUGGUCUUCAGGCUCUUGUGCUAGUGCAGCUUCGACUUGUCAGGCUUAUGUUGCGCAGAAUCCGAGUGCAUUUACUAAUGCUUAUUGGUUGAUCAAUUAUGUUCAGGUUUGGCAGUAG